UUGCUCUUUCCAAUUUGUUGUGAAAUAUGUGAUCCUUAAUUACAUUCAUAUAAGUGGACAAAUAGAGAGACAAUAACAUUCUAACACCCUAACAUGAUCCCCUGAUUAUAAAUCUCUUCUCCAAGAUUCCAAUUCUACACUCACAAUAUUCUUCAGUUUUCUUAUAACUUCCAGUCAAGAGAUACAAGAUUCAACAUAACUAUUUAGUAUCAUUAGUAGAUAUGAAUGUAGAUAAUAAUAAUAAUAAUCAUGAGAGGAGUAGAAGUACUAGUGAUCAAAACUUUUCAAUAGAAGAUGUUGAAUCAAGCGACAAGAGUAAUGCUUUUGAUGAUGAUGGUCGAGUUAGAAGAAAUGGGACUUUGAUGACUGCAAGUGCACAUAUUAUAACAGCUGUUAUUGGGUCUGGAGUGCUUUCUUUGGCUUGGGCAGUUGCUCAGUUGGGAUGGAUUGCAGGCACUUUGGCUCUUAUUAUGUUCUCUAUAAUAACUUUAUUUACUUCUAGUCUUUUGGCUAAUUUUUACAGGUUCCCAGAUCCAAUUACUGGAACAAGAAACUAUACUUACAUGCAGGCUGUUGAAACAUACUUAGGAGGAAGGAAGUACAGGUUUUGUGGUAUAGCUCAAUAUAUUAAUCUUGUAGGAUCAUCCAUUGGCUAUACAAUCACCACAGCCUUUGGUAUUGGGGCCAUAAAAAGAGCAACUUGUAUUCAUAAAAAUGGUCAUACAGCAGCUUGUCAUGCAUCAAACGAGCUCUCCAUGCUCAUAUUUGGUGUUGUUCAGAUUGUUUUGAGCCAAAUACCAAAUAUCAGCAAGCUAUCAGGACUAUCUGUCAUAGCAGCCAUCAUGUCUUUCACUUACUCUUUCAUUGGCAUUGGUCUAUCAAUCUCUAGAAUCGCAGGAGGGGAACAUCCCAAGACAAGUAUAACUGGUGUAGAAGUAGGUGUAGAUGUCACAAGUGAAGAGAAAAUUGUGCGCUGCUUUCAGGCUCUUGGAAACAUUGCAUUUGCCUAUGCUUUCUCUCAAAUCCUUAUAGAGAUACAGGACACACUGAAAUCAAGCCCACCAGAACACAAAGUAAUGAAGAAAGCUACCACAGUUGGAGUCACUAUCACAACCUUCUUUUACAUGCUAUGUGGAAUACUAGGCUACAUAGCAUUUGGAAACAAGGCGCCGGGAAAUUUUCUAACUGGUUUUGAUGAGCCUUUCUGGCUUGUUGACUUUGCUAAUGCCUGUAUUGUUGUUCAUCUCGUUGGUGCUUAUCAGGUAUUUUCCCAACCUGUUUUCAGUUCAGUUGAAGAGAAGAGUCGAAAAUGGUGGCCGGAGACAGCUUUUGUAGUGAAAGAGUAUCCCAUUAAGAUUCCAUUUUUGUGUACUUUCAAGUUGAAUUUCUUCAGAGUUGUGUCGAGAUCAUUGUAUGUGACGGCAACAACUACUCUGUCAAUUAUAUUUCCUUUCUUCAAUGACAUUUUAGGUCUACUUGGAGCAUUAGUUUUCUGGCCAUUAGCUGUGUACUUCCCCAUAGAAAUGCACAUAGUUCAGACAAGGGUUUUGAGCUAUUCUAUGAAAUGGUGGGGGCUGAAAGUACUAAGUGGAGCUUGCCUAAUUGUUUCUCUGCUUGCUGCUGCUGGUUCGGUUAGAGGCAUAAUUAUAGAGCUCAAGACAUACAGGCCUUUCAUGUCUGUAUCUUGAUUCUUGAUGACAGUGUACUUUAAAUACUGUUAUAUUGAAUUUAUUUACCUUGAGUUUUCAACUA